GCAGAUAAUUCACCACAUAGCCACCAUUGUCCUCAUCAGUUUCUCCUGGGUGGUGAACUACAUCAGGGGAGGGACUUUGAUCAUGUUAGUGCAUGAUGCCUCCGACUAUCUGAUGGAGUCAGCCAAAAUGUUCAACUACGCCGGUUGGAGGAGAACCUGCAACCUCAUCUUUACCGUGUUUGCUGCAGUUUUCAUCGUCACCCGCCUUGUAAUCCUCCCAUUCUGGAUCAUAUACACGACGUGGGUGUACCCCUUGACCCUCUACCCCCCCUUCUUCGGCUUCUACUUCUUCAACGGGCUAAUGUUUGUGCUGCAGGCUCUGCAUAUCUUCUGGGCCUGGCUCAUCUUGCGCAUGGUCGUCAAAUUCCUGCCAGGCAAUGAGAUUGUCGAGGAUGAGCGGAGCGACAAAGAGGAGACCGAGUCGGAAGAUGAAGACGACCGCGGGCAGAGGGCAAACUUUAAAAAUGGCCACGUGCAGAAUGGCCACACUAUCUUCAACAACAACCACAGUAAAGCGGACUGAUUGGACUAUGUGAGAGCUGGAGACGAGGCUCUGUGAGGAGUGACUAUGGACCCUCAUAUGUGGCCCUCACCUGAAACCCAAAGAACGGGAGCGUGGCAUGUCGAAAGGAGCAGCAGGCAGCGCGCGCGCGCACACACACACACACACACACACACACACACACACACACACACACACACACACACACACACACACACACACACACACACACACAUAUUCACACUGAUAGCAAUCCCCUCCUUUCUGAAAUCCCGGUAGUCCAGUGUGAAUAAUUUCACUUUGCUGGGGGUGACGUUAAAUUAAAUGGAAAGAAAACUCCGAUGGAGAACAACAAUGAUCUGCUUAGCACCUAAGCGGCAGAGUGGUUUUCUCGUUACACACACCUUCUCCUCUUUUCUCUGCCCUCUUGUUUGCUAUUUACCAUUUUUGUGCUGUCGACCAAGUUGUCACAUACCGAAUCUGCCUGCUUGUUUCAUUAUGUUUUGUAGCGGGAAGUGUUUUAAAGACAUACUGUGGUUAGGACGGGCAUUCCCGUCCUGCACAGUCAGUUUAAACUCUUCUAAGCGUUACUGUCCUUAAACUUGACUGAUUUUUGCUUUAAAUAACCCUACUGAAGUCAGUGAAAUUAUUAGGAGGACAAUGUCUUUCUAUGGACCAUAAGCUGAUUUAAGUCUAUUUACUGAAAUCCAGAAUAUCAGUUAAUAAUUAAUUUGUGCAAGUUAGUCGUUGUGGUUACCAUUUUGUCACUUCUGGUUCUUGCCAAUGGUUUUGCUCAAAUAUAUUUGUUCCAGUAAUGUUUAAAUAAAAUGGAGGUAAAUAAUGUUAGUUUUUUUUAACAGUAUGAAAAAGCGCAAGAAAGUGCUACAUCUGCCUUUGGAAAUGUGCCUUUGUGGAAGUUUGUCUUAAUUGUUUUGUCUUUUGGAAAGCAGAACGCACAGCUAUCAUUUUAAAUGUUUUGUUUAUGGUUAAUAUCUUUUUAGUUGUAUGAUUUUAUUUUUUCUUCGUAUUUUAUUUGUUUUCAGUCCAGUCAACUAUUUAAAUUUAGGAGCAAUUUCUUUGAGUGUAACCCAAACCGUUGAGCAACUGCUCAUUAAUUCUUUAUGGACUAGAAGAGUCAAUACCAUUUCCAUUCAGUGUUGUUUUUCCCAUCCAUCCAAAGAUGCACUUUAUGGUUUCUUCUAUGGAUCAGAAUUGACUAAAUAUUUAGGAAACAAGCUUGGUAUUAGUGUUCGAAUUCAAACCUGAUUUUCUUUUAAGUUUAGAGAGGUUUGGAGUAUGAUUUAAAUUGUUUCAUAUUUAUUAUCUACCCAAGAUUUUCCUCUUUGUGUUGGUUCAUUUUGUAUAAAGGUAAAAAAGAAGAGUUUAAUGAAAUCUUAACUAAAUAGGUAAAAUAAUAGAAACACCAAAGUAUGGUUUACAUUUUGUAUGACCUUGUUGUUUGCAAGUGCCUUCAUCAUUUCAAAUGUUUCUGUCCCUUUGUCUUUAUUUCUCCUGUCUUUGUGCCCUAACACAUCCAACAUUGAAUGCACUGUAACGCUCUGGGCCUCUAACUUUGCUCUAUGCCUCGGCUCAUGACGACCAAUCACCUGCUGCUCCAUCUAAAGAGCUUUGCUUCUACGGAGAGCAUUUUUAUUCUGCAUAACGUGUUGCUGAGAUGUAAAAUCAUAAUAAUGACGACGAUAAAGAUAACUGUGGAUAACUC